GCUGAUCCCCGCCGGCCCCGCCGCUCACACCGCCCUCGCUCAAGUCCCGGCGGCAGCGGCGGCUCCCGGCGGCGGCUCCCGGCGGCCGGUCGGACGGGGAGGGCGCCCGCGGGACAGUCAUUUCUUUGGAAAGAUGGUUCUUCAUUUCAACUCCCUCUUUGGCUUCCCUGUCAUACUCCUGUACCACUGGAUGGGUUCAGCUGUGUCUUUGAAUCUGGAAGAUCCCAAUGUGUGUAGCCACUGGGAAAGUUACUCAGUUACAGUGCAAGAGUCAUAUCCACAUCCUUUUGAUCAGAUUUACUAUACCAGUUGUACUGACAUCCUAAACUGGUUCAAGUGCACACGACACAGGAUCAGUUACCGUACUGCCUACAGACAUGGUGAGAAAACAAUGUACAGGCGCAAGUCCCAGUGCUGCCCUGGAUUCUAUGAGAGCAGGGAAAUGUGUGUCCCUCACUGUGCUGAUAAAUGUGUCCAUGGCCGUUGUAUUGCUCCCAACACCUGUCAGUGUGAGCCUGGCUGGGGAGGACCCAACUGCUCCAGUGCGUGUGACAGCGACCACUGGGGACCGCACUGCAGCAGCCGCUGCCAGUGCAAGAACGGGGCCCUGUGCAACCCCAUCACCGGGGCCUGCCACUGCUCUGCAGGCUUCAAGGGCUGGCGCUGCGAGGAGCGCUGCGACCCCGGCUCCUACGGCAACGACUGCCACCAGAAGUGCCAGUGCCAGAACAGAGCCACCUGCGACCACGUCACCGGGGAGUGCAGGUGUCCCCCCGGGUACACCGGCGCCUUCUGUGAGGACCUGUGUCCCCCUGGGAAGCAUGGCCCACAGUGCGAGGAGAGGUGCCCGUGCCAGAACGGAGGCGUCUGUCACCACAUCACCGGGGAGUGCUCCUGCCCGCCGGGAUGGAUGGGCAUGGUCUGUGGUCAGCCUUGUCCUGAGGGUCGUUAUGGGAUGAACUGCUCCCAGGAGUGCCAGUGCCACAAUGGAGGCACCUGCGACUCGGCGACAGGCCACUGCCACUGCAGCCCAGGCUACACAGGGGAACGGUGCCAGGAUGAGUGCCCAGUGGGGAGCUACGGGCUGCUUUGUGCAGAGACCUGCAAGUGUGUGAAUGGUGGGAAGUGCUACCACAUCAGUGGUGCCUGCCUCUGUGAGCCAGGCUACACUGGGCAGCACUGUGAGACCAGGCUCUGCCCCGAGGGGAUUUAUGGCCUCAAGUGUGAUAAAAAGUGCCCCUGCCACAUGCCCAACACCUGGAGCUGUCACCCCAUGUCUGGGGAAUGCUCCUGCAAGCCAGGCUGGUCUGGGCUGUACUGCAACGAGACGUGUUCGCCAGGCUUCUAUGGGGAGUCGUGUCAGCAGAUCUGCAGCUGCCAGAACGGGGCUGACUGCGACAGCGUCACUGGGACCUGCACCUGUGCCCCUGGAUUUAAGGGUGCAUCUUGUGGUACCCCUUGUCUCCCUGGGACGUAUGGAGUGAACUGCUCCUCUGAGUGCAGCUGCAAAAACGGGGCAACCUGUUCACCUGUGGAUGGCUCUUGUGCCUGCAAAGCAGGUUGGCAUGGUGUGGAUUGCUCCAUAAAUUGCCCCAGUGGCACGUGGGGACUGGGCUGUAACCUGACCUGCCAGUGUCUUAAUGGAGGGGCUUGCAAUGCUCUGGAUGGAACCUGUACCUGUGCCCCAGGAUGGAGGGGAGAGAAAUGUGAACUCCCUUGUCAGGAUGGUACCUACGGCCUGGACUGUGCCGAGCGCUGUGACUGCAGCCACGCGGAUGGCUGCCAUCCCACCACGGGCUACUGCCGCUGCCUCCCAGGAUGGUCAGGUAUUCACUGUGACAGUGUGUGUGCUGAGGGACAGUGGGGUCCAAAUUGCUCCUUGCCUUGUUACUGCAAAAAUGGAGCAUCCUGCUCUCCAGAUGAUGGGAUCUGUGAGUGUGCACCAGGAUACAGAGGCACCACUUGCCAGAGAAUCUGCUCGCCGGGGUUCUACGGCCACCGCUGCAGCCAGACCUGCCCCCAGUGCGUGCACAGCAGUGGCCCCUGCCACCACAUCACUGGCCUGUGUGACUGCCUGCCUGGAUUCACAGGAGCCCUCUGCAAUGAAGUAUGUCCCAGUGGCAGAUUUGGGAAGAACUGUGCUGGAAUCUGCACCUGCACCAAUAAUGGGACUUGUAAUCCUAUUGAUAGAUCCUGUCAGUGCUACCCUGGAUGGAUUGGUAGUGACUGCUCUCAGCCUUGCCCACCUUCCCACUGGGGACCAAACUGCAUCCACACGUGCAACUGCCACAAUGGAGCUUUCUGCAGUGCCUACGAUGGGGAGUGCAAGUGCACCCCGGGCUGGACUGGCCUUUACUGUACACAGAGGUGUCCCCUGGGGUUUUUUGGGAAGGACUGUGCCUUGAUUUGCCAGUGCCAGAAUGGAGCCGACUGCGACCACAUCAGCGGGCAGUGCACAUGCCGGACGGGCUUCAUGGGGCGGCACUGCGAGCACAAGUGUCCCCAGGGCACGUAUGGGUAUGGAUGCCGCCAGAUCUGUGACUGCCUGAACAACUCCACCUGUGACCACAUCACAGGGACCUGCUACUGUAGCCCAGGCUGGAAAGGGGCCAGGUGUGAUCAAGCUGGUGUGAUUAUAGUGGGAAACCUGAACAGCCUGAGCCGUACCAGCACUGCCCUCCCUGCUGACUCCUACCAGAUAGGAGCCAUAGCUGGCAUCAUCAUUCUUGUCCUAGUUGUGCUCUUCCUGCUGGUGCUGUUCAUCAUUUACAGGCAGAAGCAGAAAGGGAAGGAGACACACAUGCCCACUGUGACCUACACCCCUGCUAUGAGGGUCAUCAAUGCAGAUUACACCAUUUCAGAAACCAUCCCUCAUACCAAUGGUGGAAAUGUCAACAGCCACUAUUUCUCUAACCCCAGUUACCAUACUCUGACUCAGUGCUCCAGCCCCCCUCAUGUCACCAACAUGGAGAGACUGACCUUGGCAAAGGCAAAAACCAGCCAGCUGUUUGUGAACCUGAAAAAUAUGGAGCCUGGAAAACGAAGUGCUGUCAUGGACUACACAGGAACACUGCCAGCAGACUGGAAACAUGGUGGCUACCUCAAUGAGCUUGGUGCUUUUGGACUUGAUAGGGGAUAUGUGGGGAAGUCCCUGAAAGAUCUGGUGAAGAACUCAGAGUACAAUUUAAGUAAUUGCUCACUGAGCAGCUCUGAGAACCCCUAUGCUACUAUCAAAGACCCACCAGCUCUGGUGCCAAAGAGUUCAGAAUGUGGCUACGUGGAAAUGAAGUCCCCGGCACGUCGCGACUCGCCCUACGCCGAGAUCGCCGGCUCUGCCACAGCCAGCAAGAACGUGUAUGAAGUUGAGCCCACGGUGAGCGUUGUCCAGGGCGCGUUCAGCAGCGGUGGCGGGCGCCUCGGCCAGGAUCCCUAUGACCUCCCAAAAAACAGCCACAUUCCCUGCCACUACGACCUGCUCCCCGUCAGAGAGAGCCCCACGCCCUCCACAGAGGGGGUCAGCAGCAAAUGACCCCGCAAGGAGCUGAUGCCUGCAACCCUGGGACUCUCAAGGGGCAGAGUGGCACAGUCGUGCUCCUUCCUCUCUCGUUUACCAUCUCUCUUGGCUCCUGAUCUGUCCUGCAGAUAAUUGCUGUACCUUAAGCAGAAUCUCAGCACGAGGUCUGUAUUGCUUAUACAAGUGACAGAUGGACAAAUGCCACACUCUGGGGAUCCUGAUUAUUCUUUUUUUUUUUUUUUCAUGGCAGUAAAUUUUAUAGAAACAGGUAUGCAACACAUUUAUACUGUAAUAUACUGGCUUAAAAAAAAUAGUAGUUAGCAGAUUCGUAUUGAUAACAUCACAUUUUAGCAACUUCAAAUAUAGGUUUCAUGUCUGUCAUGUUCCAGAGUAGUAAUACUCCCAGGACAGUGCAAUUUACCAAAUACCACUUCGUACAGGUGAUCUGAUUCACCAGUUACUCACUAGUAGAAGGAAAACUGCCUUGCCAAAUUUUGCCUUCCAUUCUCAUCUUUAGUCAAGACAUAUUACAAGAAACAAGAUCUGAUGGGGAUAAGGAAGCACAAUGUUGCAGUUGUUUGGGAAAUCCACCAUCAGGCUUUGAUGUCCAUUGCAGGUGGUGGAUGUUGUUGGCUUGAAUAGUUCUGGAGAUAAAUUAAUUGCAUACAUCAAUAUUUACAUGAUGCUUCAAGAUCUCUUAGUACUGUAGACCCAGCACCAAUCUUCAACAAGUAUUUUGCUACAGUUCAGCUUCAUACGUUGCAGUUCUGGCCACUGUUUUCUGCCACACACAAACUAAUAAUCCACAACAUAUCAGUUAUUACUUCAAAAAAGAUGUAAAUUGAAUCAGUUUAUUUUGUCACCACGGACUGAUUACGUAAGGAGUGGACAAAGGUGAUGACUUCUGUAAAUCUUAACUGCAAGGAAGGGUUUACAUUUUAUAAAAAGGUAGUAAUAAUGACUGUAAUAUAGGAUAAAGAUAGUCAAGUGUUCUGACUUUUUUUUUUCUUCAAAAUAAUUAAGCAAACUCUGUGCAUACUUGCUAAAAAGGCACCUUUUCUUUUUUUAUAGUUGAUGUAGGGAAACACAUGCUUAAGCUGGUCUUUUGCAUUGCUAAUAAUGUGACACAUGUACCCCCCCACCUUCAUUAACUUCUCUCUCCAUUUUUACGCUGUGUGUCUGUGUUUUUAGUGAACUAGCUUGUAACUGAAAAAAUAUUCUUGUGUGUGUGUGUGUGUGUGUGUCCAUUUCUUUUGCAUUUUUGCCAACUGGCCUUUUGUUUGUCCAGUUCAAGGGACCUCUGGGCAGAGCAAGAGGGUCAAAGUAAGAAUUCACAGUGAUGUCAAUUAGGGGUGAUUAAAAAAUACCUGACAGUUCAGGCUGAUUCAUUAUUCAGGGGAAGAAAAUCAAGGUGUUUUUUGUUGAGAAUGACAACAAGAACGCAGAAGAAAAGUAAAAAACAGUUCCUCCUUAAACUUUACCUUAUUCGGUGGAUCAUAUGGAUGGAGACCAUCCUCCCAAAACAGCCCCUUUUUCCCAAAAGAGGCUUUCAGUCCUUCCAAAAUAGUCUGUUACAAGCUGCACGAUUCAGUGGAAAUUAAAUUCACCAAGGGAUCCGUCCAUUGGACAGAAUUUUCCCCAAACAUGUCAACCUGAAGAUAACAUGGUUGUUAUAGAUUAGAUACCCUCUCUCAGUGAAAAGGUAUUUUUAGGAAGCUGAGACUGAGGUGUGUCUUGGUUUGGAUAAGACAGGUGCCUGCUAAAGAAGGCAGGAGUUUCCCCUGAAAUGGAGAAUGCAAACCCUCCCCACCCCUCCAAAUUGCUAUGAAUUUUAAAUUAAGGGGCUCUCAGGCAACAAAAAAAUACGGGAGCAGGAAAUAACAGUUCUUUAAUAGGGAAGGGGGGAAAAAACCAUAAAAUGAUAAAAACAAUGCAGUACACUAAAAUGACAGAGUCAGAACUCAACCUGACACCCUGUUGGUCAGGGUGCUGGCAGCAGUCCAAUUGGAAAAGUGGCUGCAGUCCUCCUGAGGUGUCAGGUGUGGUUCUGCUGGAGCAGGGGGUCCUGUAGAAAAAGGGUGAUUCUUCCUCCGCAGAUCCGUGGAAGUAGAAGCAGCUGCUAUUCCUCUGGUGAAUCCAGUGGAGAAGCUGUGCUGGUGUGUCAGAAUCUCCUGAUUAUAUCUGGAUAGCAAUGCUCGGCUCCUCCCUCUGGGCGGAGCAUCUCCCAAUGGGAUGUUACAGUUCUUAUCAGCCAUGCAGUGACAUUCAAUAGCCUCUUAUCACGGGAUGCCCCCUGCUGAGGGAGGAGUGAUUGUGAUCUCUCAGGGAGAGAGAUAAGGGGAAAUUGCCCACUUAACACCUAGACAACUGCCAUACAGAUGGUAAUAGAAUACAUCCUGCCUUGCAAUCCAGAACAAGGUGCCAGCAUUUAUUGUGACCUGGCAGUGCCUCUGCUGCACCUGGUCCUGAGGGUUGGUGUGUCACGGGUGGAUGGGGAGAAAGAUCCUGGCUGUUCUGCAGUUCCCUGGGCAGUUCUGGUACAUCCUUGGAAUAAAGCAUUCCAUUACCUUUGGAUUUGGAAAGUAGAGAUAUUAGCUAGGAGAUUUCUAAGGCUCCUUGCCAUUUAAUCCCUGUCUAAAAUGAAGUAUUGAUUGGGUUUGUUUGCAUCCAGAUGAAAUGUAGAGCUACUGGUAUAUACAUUUUUUUUGUACUGUGUGAAGCAGACUUUAAAAUAAAACCUUUCUUCUCUAAAGCCAUGAAUACAAAUUGCUGCAUUUAACAACUGGGAGUUCACUAAAAGUUCUUGCUCUUUUUGAAGACCAUUAGGUAAAUUAUCUUCAUCAUUCAAACAAUUCUUUUAACAUGGAAAAGGGAAGAGCUGAAUAAAUGUUGGGAGGUUUUUAAAAUUUCCAGCAUGUCACAUAUCCUCAAGUGAAAUAUUCAGUCAAAUAUUCAUGAAGAUAGAUUGAGUUUACUGUCAUUUUGCUUAUUGUGUGUGUUCUAAAUGUACACAUGACUGAGGUCUGCCUUCCUGCAUGUGGUUGAAACUCCUGCUCUGUAGUCAGCAGCAGCAAUGUCUCCAUAAAUCUGAGCUGGAUCUGCAGUACAUGCAGGGCAGGCAAAUGGCUUGUGAAUUUACUUCACAGGAUGAUGCCUGGUGAGGUGCUCAGAACACUGAUUUCCUGGAGUGCACUCUGCUCUCAGCUCCAGGGACCCCCAUCUCAAUCCUGGUGACUGCCAGACAGCUCUUCUGUAGAUCCCCCUGUGUUCUUCACACAAUUCAGACACUUCUGCUGGAGGUGCAUUCUGUACUGUGGAGGAGCCUGAAAGGCUCAGGGGAUGGAGCAGUUUUAGCCAGCACUCAGAGAAGUGGCUUCACUUCACCACAGACAGGGAUGGAAAGGGAUGCCUUGCCUCGAUAUAUUCACCUUGCAAUAGUGACAAAAUGUAGCAUUGAAGAUGGAGGUGGCUCUCCCCUAGCAACGUGUCAGCAUUUUAAUAAAAGGCUGCACCAAGUUAAUAGCUGACUUUAAAGUAGUGAGUAUAAACUUUAGGCUUUAAAUACUGUAGGCAUUAUUAAUUCAGGCCACUUUGAAGCAUAACAAACCCCACGGCUUUCUGCUACAUCCAAGAUUUUAAUCACAACAGACUGGUACACAUAAAAUCUGUCCUUAUCUUGAUCUACCCAGAGAACUUCCAGUAACUUUAAUUGGAGAUCCACAUGCAGAUUACGGGAAGGAAGACUUCAUUGUGCUCACACUUUCUGCUGAGACAAUCUGCAAGUUCAUACUAAAGUGAAGUUAGGAUAAAAUCAAAAGCAAGGAAUGUGUUACUCUAAAUAUAUUGGAUUUUCAAGUACACUAACAACAAUUUUUUAUCCAAUAUGUGUCCAAAUAGUAAUUCUUACACCGAAGCUCCUAAGUCCAGACUGAAGAUCACAGAGCUAGUUUUGACAAAAAAUGCUUUAUAUUAAAGAUUGUAUAUACAGUAUCUGAAAUUACUGAAAACAAAUGAGUGUAUGUUUAUCAAUUACUGUAGAGAAAACGUGUCAUUUGAUACACUCAUCCCAGUGCUAGAGCACUAAACAUAACUUUUCAGUCUUUUAGCCCACAAGACUUCACUUUGAUAUGAUUGAACUGUAUUAUAUUUUUAAAGAAAACCUAUCAAGUAUGCCUGGCUUUUUUUUUUCCUUAGAUGUAACAAAAAAGGUGUUUUGUUGUGAAAACAUAUAUAUCUUUUCCAAAGAUGACUGAUGUUCAUCAUUCUCCCUUUCACUACCAUAUAUUUCACUUCACAUCCCUGUAGGUUAAUACAAUAAAGUUUCUAAUGAAA